AUGGAUUAUCAGAACCGCGCAGGCUCCAAAUUCGGCGGCGGCGGCGUCGCCUCGCACUCCGCAACAAACGCAGACCGCCGCGAACGGCUCCGCAAACUCGCGCUCGAAACCAUCGACCUGGACAAAGACCCCUACUUCUUCAAGAACCACGUCGGCAGCUUCGAGUGCCGCCUCUGCCUAACAGUCCACCAAAACGACGGCUCGUACCUCGCCCACACGCAAGGCCGCAAGCACCAGACGAACCUCGCGCGCCGCGCCGCCCGUGAACAACGCGAGGGCAAAAAUGCCGACCCUUCGUCAAUACCCGGUGCCAUGGGCGUGCAGGUCCGCAAGCAGACGAUCAAGAUUGGACGGCCGGGAUACAAGAUCACGAAGAUUCGGGACCCGCUGACGAGGCAGCUGGGGCUGCUCUUUCAGCUGCAGUAUCAGGAGAUUACGCCUGGGGUUAAGCCGCGCGUACGGUUUAUGAGCGCGUUCGAGCAGAAGGUUGAGGAGCCGCCGGAUAAGAACUUUCAGUACCUGGUUAUUGCGGCGGAGCCGUAUCAGACUUGUGGGUUUAAGUUGCAGGCGAGGGAGAUUGAUCGGCGGGAGGGAAGGUAUUGGACGUGGUUUGAUGAGGAUAGUAAGGAGUUUUGGGUGCAGAUUAUGUUCAAGACUGAGCGUGAAGAGCGGUUUAGUGGUGUGCCUGGGUUGGCACCUAUGGGAGCUGCUUGA